GUGACGUGGCAGCCUGCGAGGUGAGUCGGGCUGCACCUACGCCGGAGAACCAUCCCACAGGUUCUUCUGCUGGUCCUGCCCUCAGCCUCGCCGCUGGAGAGGAUGAUUCCCACGCGGCAGGGACGGCCAGGUCAGCCUGCUCAGCCAUGAACGCCUCUGCCCCUGGCAGCCAGCUGAGACAGCCCGAGCCCCAGGAUGCCGCCGCCUUCACCCCCGUCUCCAUUGUCCGGAGCAUGACAAAGAAAUCCGAUGCCCUGCCCAUGAUCUCAGUGAUUGUCGUCAUCUUCGUCCUCUUGGCUGUCUUCAUCAUCCUCGUGGUGCACUACGGCCCUCAGCUCCGCACUGUCCAGAUCACCCUCUAUCACGAGCCCAUGCCGCAGGACCUGGACAAUGGGGUGCACCUCACGGACUGGAAGAAGCUGGGCUCCCAGAAGAAGCCACCUGCCCAGCCAUGCCAGCAGGAGCCGGGUGGCAUGGACGCGGCCAGGGUGAGCUGCCACUGCUCCUGCAGGCAUCACCUUCCCUGCGGGAGCGCUGAGCCCAACAUCAUCGAGAUCACCUACCUGUGACAAGGCUGUGGGCCACCUGGGCAGGACUCAAGGGACCACGUCCCACUGGAAAAAUAGUGACUGGGACGUUAGCUUAGCCUGAGACUCACCAGUUCCCGCACGCUGAGGUUUUAGCUCCCCAGGAUUGUGUCUCUAGGCUCAGGUAGGAGGUUGAGUGUCACUGCGGUGAUGCACCAUCAGCCCCCAAAAGCCCAGCCGGGGGGUGCCACUAACCCCAGGCAAGAGCUGGGUCCCCAGCCCAGGCUCUGGGGCUGGGUCAGCCUGCGUGGGACAACGUUAGCACCUCUUCUGGUUUUUCUUGCCCUCGUUUUACCUGUCCUACGCUGCCUGGGAGUGCCCAGGAGAGCUGCCUCGGUUCUUGCUCCAGCUGGGGAGCACUGGGCGUACGCUCGGCCCCUUGGCAGGAGCUGGAAGUUGCAUCAUCUGGAAUCGCUUUCCAGAUUAAAGGUGUUUCCACAUGCGUGGUGUCCUCAUUGUGCCCUUUAUAUGGCACAGGAGAGCCCCCAGCCCCUCUUCUCCUCCACGCCGCAGCCCCGUUCCCUCCAUCAUAGGGCUGAAACACUGUCCUCUCCCUGUCAGCCCCGGAAAGGAGGCAAACAGCCGGAGGAGAGGAGGCAGCACCUCAACCUUGGUGUUUCAGCGGUGGAGCCAGCAGCAGAGGACAACGCGUCUGGUCUCACUGUGGAGGUGGGUGAGAGAAGAGAGGUGACACGGCAGAGGCAGGAGAGGUGAUAACGGCACAUCGCCCCCUCCUUGCUGUUGGAUGAACAUCUCGAGGUGUUGGCACCAGUGGAGAAACACGUACGUCUCUGGGCAGAGCCUGCAACAUCUCUGUGCAUGAUGACAAGGAUGGGGAGACCUGAGGUCCUCUUCAUUGUGGUCGUCUUUGUUGUCCCCAGCAGCGUCUGCUGUCCCUGUGCCAAGGGAUGCUCUGCCCGGGGACCUGGGCACUUGGAUGGUUUCAGCAUUGGAAGCAGCAGGGCACGUCCCAGCUGAGGAGGGAGCGACGGUGGGGUCGGCGUAGCCAGCAAUGUUGGGAUUGACGUUGAUGUGGCUCGGUCACCAUGGGCAGAAGCUUGUUGAGGUGGCACAGAGGGAGCAGAUGGAGGGGUGAAACUUCAUCUGAAAUUCCUCGGUGGUAGCAGACCACGGUGACCUGCUCAGCCCUGGGAGUCUUUCUGAUGGUGCUGGGCAUCGCUUUGGACAAGAAAUUGGUCUCAGUUUCUCCUGGAUGAGUGGAAGCUGGACAUCAAAGCCUGUCUUCAGUGUGUGGGCUCGGAGGACAGUCCCUGGGGAGGGAGCGCAGCCUCUGGGAUCACCCUCAAGGUUUGAUUUUGCUGAAUAGUCACAGGAGUCAAAAUAUGGUUCCUGCCUCUCCCCAUCCCAAAACAGACAAGCCAGAUCCCUGUCCGUCCUAAACCACAUCCGUGGCACAGACGCCCCUGUGCACUGCUGGACAAGAAACGGGAUGUUUUACCUG